AGUCAUCUAAUGACUCAUGAAAAAUAAUAAUUCGAAAUCUAUAAGCAUUUAAGAUCUAGCAAUAACUUGUUACUGUCAUUUCGAGUCAUCACUUGCUCCUAUGAGCGCUUAUGUAAUUAAUACUCCAAAAAAAGUAAAUAAUAAUUAAUAUUUUGGAGCUUAUUUUUAGGAAAUUUGGGUGAAAUAUUUUUUAAAUUAAAAAUUUUUAUACUUUUACAGUAUAAAAUUAUUUAUUCUCUUGAAUUUAAAAAAAUUAAAUAUGGUUUCAAACAGUGUGUUGUACAAUACAGGAAAUAUUCUUUCUUUAAAUGAAUUAAAAUUAAAAGCUGGCAAGACUUCGGAAGAAGAGCUUGUUGAGGCUCUCAAAAUAAUUCUCAAGGAUUCUCAAAACACAAGUGGAAAUGAUAUUAAUGCAGGAGGUGGUGAUAGAGAGGAAUUAAAGAUAACAGUAAAAAUAUUCAUGCAAUCUGAUGAUCCUGAAAUACUAAGAGACGCUUUGGAUCGAAUGCUAAAGGAGCUGCAUAUAAACAGCAUUGGAACGUUGAUUCUUGCCUACGGCGAAGCUCAAAAUUCUGAAAAGGAAUUAGAGUCUCUACAAAAACUCUGGCCCGUAUUGGAACGAUACAUCCAAAACGGAACCUUGACAUCAGUUGGACUCAGCAAUGUGGAUACUGGAGUUUUUAUAAAACUGUACCAGUGGGCAAAAAUACGGCCGACAAUUGUGCAAAUAAAUCUAGCAAUGUGCUGUGUAGUUCCACCUGUUCUUCAAGAGUUUACGCAACAAAAUCAGAUCCAAUUAUUAACGCACAAUGAUCCUUAUCAUAUAUUGAAUAAAGAUUCUUCCGUGGAGCUAUUUGGCAGCGAGGCAAAAUUAAAUUGGAUCGCCAAGUACCAAGUCCACAUAAAAUGCCGCGGUGUACUUUCUUCUAAAGGAUAUUUUGUUAACAUUACUAAAUAAUUAAUGCAUUUUUCAGUAUGUAAAAAAUUUUUGUUAUAUUUAUAUUUUUUUAUUUUUAAAAAUUAAAUUUUUGCCGCACUUUUGUAGUAUUUAAUGCUUUUAUUUCAGUAAAUUAAAAUUAAUUGAAAAAUGUAUUAUUAAUUUAGUAUUAUAUGUAAUAUUUUUCAUAAAAAUUGUGUAUAUUAUAUUAUAUUUUUAAUUGUAGAAAGUGUAAAAAUAAAACAAUCAAAUGCAAAGUAUAUUUAUUGAAAAUCAAUAUACUUAAAUGGAGGUCAACAUAAUUAAAAAUUAAAGUUACGGGAUUAUUUAUAGUCUGAAUAACAUAAGUAAAUGAACAGUCGUUUUUUUUUUUAUAUUAUAGAUUGUAAAUUUAUUUUUAUUUUCAUCUAUUUUCGUUAUUUAUGAGCACAGACUGGUUUAACGGCUUGCGGAAUAUAAAUUCUCGAGUGAAUAAAAA